AUGGUGGCGGCAUCGGUGUGCGUGUGGCGUGUCCAUCGACAGCACUUCGACUCGACCACCGAGGAUGAGGUCUACCGUACCGUUACCGGAACCUCGCCUCAUCCGGAAACCUGCAAGAAGUACAUCUCCUGCUACAAGAGCAAGGCUAAGGAGGAGAACUGCAAGAAGGGCUAUGUUUACUCGUCGAAGUUGCAUCUGUGCGUCAAGCAGAAGGGCGAUAGCUGCGUCACUGGAAAUGAAAAUGACUUAGGCCAGAGUUCCGAAACUGGAAACGAAAAUAAGUCAAACGAGAACACGGAAACUGGAAAUAACUCAAACGAGAAUACGGAAACUGGAAAUGAAAAUAACUCAGGUGAGGGUACCGAAACUGGAACUAACCCAGAAGAGCCUGCUGGAAAGUACGACUACGUAUGUGCGAAUGUCCUUCUUGGAUCGAAGCCUCAUCCGGAAACCUGCAAGAAGUACAUCUCCUGCUACAAGAGCAAGGCUAAGGAGGAGAACUGCAAGAAGGGCUAUGCUUACUCGUCGAAGUUGCAUCUGUGCGUCAAGCAGAAGGGCGAUAGCUGCGUCACUGGAAAUGAAAAUGACUUAGGCCAGAGUUCCGAAACUGGAAACGAAAAUAAGUCAAACGAGAACACGGAAACUGGAAAUAACUCAAACGAGAAUACGGAAACUGGAAAUGAAAAUAACUCAGGUGAGGGUACCGAAACUGGAACUAACCCAGAAGAGCCUGCUGGAAAGUACGACUACGUAUGUGCGAAUGUCCUUCUUGGAUCGAAGCCUCAUCCGGAAACCUGCAAGAAGUACAUCUCCUGCUACAAGAGCAAGGCUAAGGAGGAGAACUGCAAGAAGGGCUAUGCUUACUCGUCGAAGUUGCACCUGUGCGUCAAGCAGAAGGGCGAAAGCUGCGACCAACAGGGUCCUGGAACAGAACCUACAACAACAACGACAGAACUUGUUACAGAACCAGUGACAGAAACUCAGCCCCAAACCGAUGCUCCUACUACUAUCGUUACAACACCGCAAAUCACUACUGAAGCAGAGACAGAAACUCAGCCUCAAACCGAUGCUCCUACUACAACAACGGAAAUCGUCACCGAAGCAGAGACCGAAUCUGAGCCGCAACCAGAGCCUACUCCACCAGCAACGGGUGGUGAUCCUAUGUCGCCAAGCUGUGAAGGCAAUUUUACCGGAUAUCUAACCAUCGAAGGUGACUGCGUUCAGUAUGUGUACUGCUAUCAAGGAGAGUCGUCAGUGAAAACUUGUCUUGAAAAUUAUAUCUACUACGCUCCAUUCAAAGCCUGUCUGCCAGGAAACCCAGUUACCUGCGAGUUGUACACCAUGUAA